AUGGACAAACACUUCUUGAUAGUCUCCUUCCUUUUCUGCUUCAUUGUAGCUCCUCAUCCGCCGCCCCCACCCCCGUCACCCCUACUCCGCCACCCUCCACAAUCAGGUCUAGACAAUUCCAGCUCCUUCCAAAGUGUCCCUGGUCUGACACCAGCUCUACACUCUCCAGCAGUGACACCCCUGAAGUGCGUAACGUGCCACCUUCGCACACGGACAGAUCGCUGUAGAAGAGGCUUUGGUUCCUGUAUUGCUCAGACGUUUGAGUCGUGCAUGUCUUUAAAGAUCUUCCAGGAUAACAUUCUGCAGUUAUCAUAUAUGGUGUGUCAGAAAUUCUGCAGAGACUUGACAUUUGAUUUCCACAAUCGGACUUACGUUCAUAAAUGUUGCAGAUACAAUUAUUGUAACAUCGAAAUCUAAGAUAUUUGCCCUCCCGAGGCCUCACUCUGAAGUGUUGAUGUUUCUCACCCUUCAUACCCUGCCUGCCCUUGCUUUUUUGCCUUGUCUGUCUUGUAAGUACCCCAGCUGUCUCUUUAAUUCAGUGUCACCCUUCCUGGCACCUCCAGCUCGGUUUCUAUCUCAGUCAGAGGAUGAUGAUUCUGAACAACAGACCUCUCCCAUGACAGGGAUUGGCAUUUCUAUACUCAAGAACCCUGUCCCAAGAGGCUCUGUACAGCGAAAUUUAAAACAAGACUGUUCCCAAACCCUAUGAUCAGCUAAGAUAGUUGAGGUGGACU